AGAGAUAUUAAAGUUGAUUUAGUAAUUAAAUUAAAGCGAUGGUAAAUAUACCAUGCAAUGAAUUCUAGCCCUUGAUCAGGCCGUACUAAUAAUCCAAUCAGCAGCAAUAAAUUCAUGCUCUCGCAUCUCCAACCAUUGAUGACACUGGGGAAUUGAGCCAGCAUCUUUUACUAUCUAAAAUUUCACAUGUGCAUGACUGUGGAGGAUCAUCGUGGGUAAAGUCCACAUGAUAUGGACGGUCCAGAUUCAUCAACUGAACAACAAAGUCAACCAUUGAGCAGCAACGAACCAUGAUUGUUUUGUCUCGUGACCGGUCAAGUUGGCCUCUGUAAAUAAAGAGACAUGCAACUUGAACUGAAGAGAAGCAAAGCUUUUAUCUGAAUUCGUUUCUUGUGAGAGAAAAGAGUGAGGAAAGAUGACCGUUAUUGAGUCCGUUGUAAAGCUCCUCCUUGAAAAACUUGCUGACCCGAUCAUUCAAGAAGCUAUUCUCUUAUAUGGGGUUCGUGAACAAGUCGAAUUGCUCGUGGCAGAAUUCAGGCGGAUGCGAUGUUUCUUGAAAGACGCAGACACCAAACAAGAAGGAGAUGAAAGAGUGAAGAACUGGGUGUGGGACGUGAGAGAUGUUGCAUACGAUGCUGAGGACGUGAUCGACACCUUUCUCUUCAAGGUAGCACCACCCUUGAGGCAAAGAGGAUUUGUGGGCCGUAUUAGAAGGUACGCUUUCACCCCCCUUGAGUUGACAGCUCGCCAUGAGGUGGGCUUGGAGAUCGAACGGAUAAAGAAUAAAACCCGUACCAUCUCCGAAAGUAGGUCGACUUACGGAAUUGAAAAUAUAGGUCCGCAAGCAGGGACGAGCUCUGCCGGUCGAAGCCACCAAGAAUGGAGGCUCACUUCUCCUCUUUCUCAAGAACCCGAUUUUGUUGGGUUUGAGAAAGAUAUGGAGAUAUUGAUGGCCCAAUUGAUGGAGGGGGAGUCGCGGCGUUGUGUUGUUUCUGUAGUCGGAAUGGGUGGUCUGGGUAAAACCACUCUCAUCAGGAAAGUUUAUAAUAACACCCGUGUGAAGACACAUUUUUACUCUUGUGAAUGGAUUUCUAUAUCACAAGAGUAUAGUGUGAGAGAUCUUCUGACCAAGAUCAUAAAUCGCUAUAUGGUGAUCUCAGAAGCGGAUCUCAAGAACAUGGACCUCUUUCAGCUGAGGCAUAAAAUUUCUUUGUAUCUGCAAGAGAAGAGAUACCUGAUGGUAUUAGAUGAUAUAUGGACAAUGGAAGCAUGGAAUGCUCUCAAUGAUGCGUUUCCGGAUGUGAAUAAUGGCAGUAGGGUCGUGCUCACCACACGAAACAAAGGCGUAGCUUUAUAUGCAGAUCCACGAAGCCAGCCCCAUGAACUGCGAUUUCUAACCAAUGAAGAGAGCUGGGAUUUGUUCUGUAAAAAAACAUUAAUCCUAGUACGAGAUGGUGGUUGCCCGCAGGAUUUAGAGAAGCUGGGAAGAGAGAUUGUGGAAAAAUGCCAUGGUCUCCCUCUUGCGAUCGCAGUCAUUGGAGGGCUCUUAUCAGUAAAGGAACCAAGGGAGUGGGAGAAUGUACGCAAGAGCAUCAGUUGGCAGUUUGUCAAGGGAGAAGUCAAAAUCUCCCACAUAUUAUCUUUGAGCUAUAAAGAUCUUCCCUAUUAUUUAAAACCAUGUUUUCUCUAUCUGGGCAAUUUUCCAGAGGACCAUGAGUUCCGUGCCAAGGAGCUGAUUCAAAUGUGGGCCGCUGAAGGGUUUCUUCAACAGAGAGGGGAAGAAACAUUAGAAGAGGUUGGAGAAGAUUGUCUAAAGGAGUUGAUCCAGAGAAGCAUGGUUCAGUUAGCAAGAAGAAGUACAGGAGGGAAUAUUAAAAGUUGUCGCAUCCACGAUCUUUUACGAGAUCUCUCCAUAUCAGAAGCCAAGGAAGGUAUGUUUCUUCAAGUUCACAGUGGGAUCAAUGCAAGUGCUCCUCUUGUAUCUAGAGCCCGUCGAGUUGCAAUUUACCAUAACAACUCAAGUGAGUACAUUUCCUUAAGCCGUUCCACUCCACACCUUCGUUCUGUGUUAAUGUAUGGCCAUGGCUCUCCAUGGCUUCAAAGAGAAGAAGAAAAGUUUCUCUUUAGAGGCUUUAAGUUGCUUAGGGUGUUGUAUAUACACGGUGCAGUAAUAGAAAAGGUACCGAGGGAAAUAGGUGAACUAAUCCACUUGAGAUACCUUGGCUGUACAAGCACUGAUUUAAGAAGCCUCCCAUCGUCGAUAGGCAAUCUUCAUAAUUUACAAACUCUAUCUAUAGCAUGUCAUGAUGGUCUUAUGAAGGUACCAAGCACAAUCGGGAAGAUGAGACAGUUAAGACAUUUUCAUGUGAAGAGUAGAGAUAAGGACUUCCGUGUGACGUAUGGACAGAUAGAAGGGCGUCCAAGGCUUGACCGGAUAAAUAGCCUCCAGACUUUAUCACUUGUAACAUCUGGAAAAUGGAUGGAAGAUGGUUGCUUGGGAAAGCUCACCAAUCUUAAAAAAUUAGGAAUAUGCGUACAAACAGAAGCAGAUGCCGAGGUAUUGUACGAAUCGAUUGUCAAUCUGGAUGGCCUCCACUCUCUCUAUUUGAAAGGAAGUUUAAGCAAGUUACCCGACUCCAGUUUCUUUCCAAUAAACCUCACGAAGCUUACCUUGACCCGGUCUCAUUUAAAGGAAGACCCAAUGGUGACGUUGGAGAAGCUGAAAAACCUUCGCAUUCUCAGAUUGCUGAUUUGGUCAUAUCUCGGAAAGGAAAUGGCUUGCUCUGCACAAGGGUUUCCUCGACUCGAAUCCUUACAUCUUCGUGAGUUAUAUCUAUUAGAAGAGUGGGAAGUGGAGAAAGGAGCUAUGCCAAGUCUUUUACAUUUACAUAUCGAUCAAUGCUAUGAAUUGAAGAAGCUUCCGGAAGGACUGCAACACGUGAGUACCCUCAACAAAUUGCAGUUGUGGAGUAUGUCCGAUGAAUUCAAAGCAAGGCUUGAAGAAGACAGGGGAGAGGAUUGGGAUAAGAUUCGGCAUAUACCCUCCAUCGACAUAAGCGAUGGGAUAUGCUAAUUAUCAGUGGGCACAUUCUCUCGUUGGCAGAGCUAGAAAUCUGCACGUUAAUUGUUUGAAGAAAUGCUUCAACCAAGACCCUUUUCGCAACUUGUUGUAUGGUUAGAUGAAACCAACAGAUUCUAAGCAGUGGCACUCUAUGUCUUUGCAAGUGGUUAAUUGACAUUUUUCUCACAGUAGAAACUGUGAUGAUGUGCACGUGAAAACUGACCAGACAGAGUGACGAACGGUGGAAUUGUGACUAGAUGGUGAUGAGAUGUUUGGAUCAUAUUUUCUAAUUGUAACCUGAGGGUGUAUGUAUUUUUUGUUAUAUAUCUUUCGAUUAUAUGUUAUAUACUUCAAU